CGCAAGGCAGUCUGGCAACUACGUACCCACGCGCUCGUAAACUUUUCAGUUUCGGUACCAGCGAAGUGACACAUUAUUUCACAGAAAAAGCAUGUUAUCUAAGUUAUUAUCACGUUCUCUUCCCAGGUUUUAUACGUCAGCGGUGUGUUCCUCUCAUAAAGCAGCUUACAGGCCGGAAGUCUUAAGAAUAGUCGAGAACAAAACAGCUUUCUGCGAAUGUCGACGAUAUCAAAGCACCGACAAAAACAAAAGGUGGAAAGUGCCGGUGACCUGGAAAAGUUUGGGCUACACCUGCGCUGUCGGGGGCGUCAUACUAGCCUGGAUGAUGUACGUGAAGAGGGAAAAACGAUUAGCGAUCGAGAAGGAACGAAAACGAGCACUAGGUAAGGCUUCUAUUGGAGGCCGCUUUGAACUUGUUGAUCACAACAACCAGCCGAAGAAGAGCGAAGACUUCUUUGGGAAAUGGCUCCUCAUCUACUUUGGAUUUACCCACUGCCCAGACAUCUGUCCCGACGAGUUGGAGAAGCUGGGCAAGGUUAUUGACACCUUAGGUGAACAAGAUAAGGACUUUCCAAUCCAGCCCCUGUUCAUAAGCAUCGACCCAGAGCGGGACGACGUCAAGGCGGUUGCAGCUUACGUGAAAGAGUUCCACCCCAAGAUCUUGGGACUCACGGGUUCUAUAGAGCAAGUACAGAAAGCGUCCAGGUCGUUCAGGGUGUACUUCAGCGCCGGACCGAGGGACGAGGAGGAAGAUUACAUUGUCGACCACACCGUCAUCAUGUACCUGGUGGAUCCCGACGGCGAUUUCGUAGAUUACUACGGGCAAAACCGUACGGCCAAACAAAUAGCCAACGCCAUUCAUCUGCAGCACAUCAAGUACAAGAAGGCCAAGGGAGAUUCGUGGUUCUGAAGUCUUUGCAUAGUCACAACAUUUCUGUACAUAGCAGGCAAAUGCACGUUAGUUUGAAAAUGUU